UCCCCCUGCUAUUGAUUCUCUCUCUACAAAACUUACCCUUUUUUAUAAUUAAUUAACAGCAUUAAGUUCUUGGUGUUCUUCGUUUUGGGCGAGUGAAUUCUCUGCGUCAAUCAACGGAAAAAGUCUUCUCUAAUCACAUCACAAUCCCAUAUGAAGAUGUUAAGAAUCUCGAAUUAGGGUUCUUGUAAACUGUAAACCUCUUGAAAAAAGGUCUGUUCUUUGUUUGAUUUCUAUCUCGUUUUCUUCAAUCAAGUUGUUUUUAGUCCAUAUAUUGAUCUGGGUUUUGUUUAUUGUUCUUCGAUUUCGUUUCGAAUUAAACCCUAAUUUGAAUUUCUGGAUAUACCUUCUGAUGAAACGCCCCUUUUGUUUUUGAGAUGAAAUUUCAUCUGGAUAUCUGUUUUUUCGGGUCUUUUAUGACUUAUUAAUAUGUUGAAAUUAUAGAAUUUCUGGGGAUUUCGAGUUGUAUUUUGAUUAAUUUUUUGGGGGGUUGAAUUUUUGGGGGUUUCAAUUUUGGGGAUUUAUGGAGGAGGUGGAAGCAGCUAAUAAAGCUGCAAUUGAGAGUUGCCAUCGAAUUCUCAAUCUUUUAGCUCAACCCCAAGAUCAUGUACAAUCAAAAAACCUAAUGGUACAAACAGGUGAUGCUGUUCAUAGAUUCAAGAAAGUUGUAUCUCUUCUUGAUGAUGGUUUAGGUCAUCCUAGAGUGAGAAAAUUCAAGAAAAUUCAAAACCUGAUCCCUCAAAACAUACUCUUAGAUAACACCAUAAUUCAAGAACCACCAAAACCCCUUCAACUUUUGCUGACAGCCCCCCCUGCUAAUCAUAAUCAGACUCAUCCGAUUCAAGAAGGUGGUGGUUCAAAUGCUGUUAAGAACACACUUUCUUUAGGGAACCAUCCGUUGAGCUCGAUUGUGAAGAACCCAAAUCCGAUUUCGCAGAAGAAUCCUAACCCAUCUUCUAAUUACCAAUUCCUUCAAAACCAUCAUCAUCAGCAACAACAGACACAGUUGCAGCUUAAACAGCAGGCUGAGAUGAUCUAUCGAAGGAGUAAUAGUGGGUUAAACUUGACUUUCGAUAGCUCUGUUGCUACCCCUACCAUUUCGUCGAAUAGGUCUUUUAUGUCUUCGUUGAGUAUUGAAGGGAGUGUGACCACUUUGGAUGGGAGUUCUUUCCAGUUGAUCGGGUCAACUUCUCGGUCAACUGAUCAAGCUACAUACCAACACAAACCGAGGUGUUCUGCUAGGGGAGAUGAUGAGAGUGCGAAAUGUGGGAGUUCUGGAAGGUGUCACUGCUCCAAAAAGAGGAAGCACAGGAUUAAGAGGUCAAUCAAGGUACCGGCUGUUAGUAACAAGCUUGCAGACAUCCCACCCGAUGAGUAUUCUUGGAGGAAAUAUGGCCAAAAGCCGAUAAAGGGUUCUCCUCAUCCCAGGGGUUACUAUAAAUGCAGCAGUAUGAGAGGUUGCCCGGCAAGAAAGCACGUGGAGCGGUGUUUGGAUGAUUCAGCAAUGCUUAUCGUUACCUAUGAAGGCGAGCACAACCACACCAGGUUACCUUCCCAGUCUGCAAACACCUGAUAGAAGAAGAAAGCUCGAGCCUUUUGUUGUUCAUGGUCUAUUUAACGCUUUUUCUUGAUCGCAUUGGGUUGCUUCCCGUAUAUGUUUUUAGUGCGAUCUGAGGAAAAAUAUGGGGUUCUUUCUGAAUGAACGGAUUUUUCAUCUUGGAUGGUCGGUUUUUGUUUAGUUUAUGAACUUAGCGUAGAGUUUUCAUGUUGUUUGUUGUGGUACAUUGUGUCCUUUUUGUUGGCUGAACGAACCCCGAACCUCUUUAUGGAGUGAAAGCCAAAAACGAUCGGUUAUGUUGCUGCUUAGAGAAGUUAUAACAGUGAUGUUGUAUUUCUUUUGAGUUCUUGUGGUUAUGGUUGUUUUUGGAGAAGAUGAAUCUGCAUUGUGAUGCUG